CUGCGCAGUUAAAAGAAUGAUAAUCAAGAGAGGAUGAAAUAAUGAUUUUUGGAACAUGGAAAACUGAAUUUUAUUGGGAAAUUACAUCCAAAGCAUAGGAUCUGAUCCUAAGUUUUGGAUAAACUACUGGAAAACUACAACUUACUUCUUCAGUAAUUGUCUUGUUGGAACAUAUACCUACAAACAUGGGAAGCAAUUGUAAAAAUGCUUGUAUAUUACCAUUCCUUAUGUUUAUGAUAUUCAUCAUAGGUUACAGCACCAAGAAUUUCAUAUUCAGUUCUGACACCUGUCAAAAUGUAAAACCUGAUGGUGAAAUUGUUGUCAGAUGUCGAAGAAAUGAGGAGAACAUAUAUGUGAGAAAAGUGUCACAACGUGCAUGCGUCCAGUCAGAUUGUGUGGAUGAGCAAAUUAAUUCUUCUGAAUGGCGCCCUGAACUUUUUGAUUGCUAUGGAAAAAAUAAAUGCACAAUAAAAUCAAUGCCAAAGGUGAACUGUCCUAAAUGUGUAGAAAAGGUAUGCCAUACAUGUCAUAAGUCCAUUCGAAAACCCGUUUACAAACACCUGCACCUAGUAUGCAGAAAAGGUAGACGCCUGGACAUCAUUGGCAUAAACAGCUGGAGUAGCCAACUGCCUCAUCAGAUACACUUCUCUGAUAAUUCAUUUAAAUCCCGGCUAACAGAACUGAGGGAUUUCUGCAAUGGCUUAGUUGAUUGCCGAUCAAUUCCUGCUCGUCCAGAGUUUGGUGAUUAUGAGGAGGUAUUCUACGAUUGCAUAAAAGAGUCAGAUGGUGCAACGCCAGAGGCAAAGACAGAAGAGAAGACAGAAUAUAUAACAACUACUAUAUCUAGUAUUGAACAUACAAGAAAGGAGACAAUAACGUUCAUGAAAGAACACAUUAUUAUUAUUGUACUGGUAGUAGCUUUAACAAUUUUGGUGACAGGUAUCAUAAUCUGGUUCAAGAGCAGCAGGGUGAGGAAUUAUGUGAAUGAAUUAUUUAGUAGGCACACAGGAAUCACACCAGGUCAAUCUGAAUCAGAGGAUGGAGUGACCUUUGCAAAUGAAAACGUCCUUUUAACACACAAGGAAGAUUACAAACUAAUGGACGCUUAAUUGCUAUAACUUCGAAAACUUGUCAAAGUCUCAUUUUAAGAAGAUUUUCAGAGACUUGUAUAUUCAAUAACGAAGAACUUACAUUUUUUUCUUCAAGUAUUUGACCGUUUUGACGUUUUAAUUUUAUACAUGUUUUUCUCUCUGAAGAACUUUUUUCUAUCAGAACAAAUAUAUUGUGCUGCAAUCUGUAAUGUAACUGUCUCCAUGACUUAUGUAACUGUCUCGAAUACUAAUGUAACUGUCUUGAAGACUAAUAUAACUGUUUAGAAGACUAAUGUAACUGUCUUGAAGACUGAUAUAACUGUCUAGAAGACUAAUGUG